GCAUUGUGUGCGUUAUCUUUAACAAAAAUUAGACCAUUCUGUAUAUCUGUAAAAAAAGUGUUACCAUGUUCUGUAAGAUGUCUAUGAGUUUACUUGGUAUAGCAUUUCUUUUUUUAAUCCUUGUUGCGGACGGUGAAGCUCAAUUAAAUUUUUCUACCGGAUGGGGCCAAGGUAAAAGGAGUCAAGAUACGCGAAUUAGAUCGAAUAAUAUGGAUUGUUCAUCGCAAGGUGCAUCGCUGGAACAAUUAUUAAAGUUAUAUUCGUUUAUUCAGAUGGAAGCGCAAAGGAUUUUGGAUUGCCAAACCUUGAACAAAUGA